UACCACACGAUUUUUGCGAGAGUCUAGCCCGCAAAGAAGGAUGACUGAAAGUCAAGGUGCUUGGUCCACUGGCUGCCUCGACUGCUUCUCUGAUAUUUCAAGCUGUUGUUUGGCUACAUGGUGUCCAUGCGUUGCUUUUGGACGGAUUGCGGAGAUAGUAGAUAAAGGAUCAUCCUCUUGUUUUGGCAUUGGGGCACUCUAUCUCCUACUCAAUUUUACUAGAUGUGGAUGGAUCCUCCAUUUCAUUUAUCGUCAUAAAAUGAGGGAGCAAUAUAACUUGAAGGGAAGCAAUUGUGGGGAUUUUUGCAUGAGCUGCUUUUGUGAACAUUGCGCCAUAUGUCAAGAAUACCGUGAGCUUCAGAAUCGUGGAUUUGACAUGUCCAUUGGAUGGGAUGAGAACGUCAGUAGACGGACCCCUGGUGUGGCGAUGGCUCCUAAAGUGGAGGGAGGCAUGAAGCGUUAACUGCUGAAAAUUUCCUUCUUGUGUUGCGCUCAACUUUCUAGUUUGAAUUGCUAUUGUUGCAUGUACCAUGGAUAUUUUAAACAUUUUGUGUUAAAAUAAAUUCUUGUUGUGUAUUUAAAGUGAUCGGUU